GCUCAGUGUUUGAAAAGAGCUUUACGUGUCAGUAGGCAAUCGAUCUUCUGUAUCUGGGUUGUCCAUUUGCAACGCUUUGUAGAUUUCUUGUUGCCUGAUAGGAUAUUUGCAACAAAGUAGUACCUACCUUUCAGGUAGACACAUUUGCCGAGAGGAGUUAAAAUGGGUCGCACGAUGAACUGUGUCAUAGUUGCCGUAGCCUGCGUGGUUGCCACCACUGGAGUACGAGGGGCCGACGUGCCUGUAGAGGCAAUGAAUACCCCAACAGAAUUCGAGAUGAGCGCCCCAGAUAGGCAAACAGGAAAGCUUUCCGAUUUACCGCCAUUUGCUGAGCUGCCACAGCUGGCAGAAAUACCAAAGCUCUCCGAACUUCCGAAAAUUGCGGACAUGCCGAAGUUUUCGGAUAUGCCCAAGAUGGCCGAGAUGCCCAAGUUAUCAGACAUACCCAAGAUGGCUGAGAUGCCCAAGUUAUCAGAUAUACCCAAGAUGGCUGAGAUGCCCAAGUUAUCAGAUAUACCCAAGAUGGCUGAGAUGCCAAAGUUAUCAGAUAUGCCCAGAAUGGCUGACAUUCCACAGUUUCCAGAGAUGCCUAGGAUGGUUGACAUGCCUCAGUUUCCAGAAAUCCCCAGGAUGGCUGAUACGCCGCAAUUUCCGGAGAUGCCCAAGAUAGCUGACAUGCCAAAGUUUCCAGACAUGCCAAACGUCACUGAGAUGCCAAAGCUUGCAGAUUUGCCAAGGCUUGCUGACAUGCCCAGUAUUGCCGACAUGCCCCGGCUCUCAGACAUGCCCAGUAUUGCAGACAUGCCCCGGCUCUCAGACAUGCCCAGUAUUGCCGACAUGCCCCGGCUCUCAGACAUGCCCAGUAUUGCCGACAUGCCCCGGCUCUCAGACAUGCCCAGUAUUGCCGACAUGCCGAAAUUCUCUAGUAACGAGUUCAUGGCAAAGUUACCAUAUUCUGGCGAUAUGGACACCGUCCUUUCCGGACUCAAGGAGUUUUUUACCCCGCUCUCUGACCUAAUCAAGCCAGAAGCUGCUUCCCUGACAAGCCUGGUCAAGCCAUCUGGAGUUUUCUGA